AUGGAGGAGCGGAGAGGAGGCGGCGGCGGGGGCCGGGGCUCCGGCAAGGGGCCGGCGGCGGGGAAGAUGAUGUCGCUCAACGAGUUCGUCUCCUCCAUGGCGCCCCUCAUCGACCUGGAGAAGGCGGCGGAGAUAUCGGCGGAGUCGGAGGCGAGCUCCAAGAGGAAGGAGAGGCGGGGGUCCGUCAUGCCCAACCUCAAGUGCACCGACGCCCAGACGGGGCUGAUGGGGAAGACGCUCCUGGAGUUCCAGCCCAACAAGGGCGACGUGCUUCCACCUCACAAGUUUGGGACGCACGACGUGGUUGCCCUCAAGCCAAACAAAGCAGAUGCUGGAUCCCCUGCACUUGGGCAAGGUGUAGUUUAUCGCUUGAAGGAUUCUUCCAUUACCGUCGUUUUUGAUGAUAUUCCUGAAGAUGGAUUAAAUAGCCCUCUCCGUCUUGAGAAGCUUGCGAAUGAGGUUACUUACCGCAGGAUGAAGGAUGCAUUAAUUCAACUUAGCAAGGGCAUCCAAGCAGGACCUUCCGCAAACCUUGUUCCUGUGUUAUUUGGAGAGAACUCACCUAUGCGUUCCAAGGAUGCCGUGAAGUUCAGUCCAUUUAAUAAGAAUUUGGACGACUCGCAGAAAGAUGCUAUCUCGAAGGCCCUCAGAUCAAGGGAUGCUUUUUUGCUUCAUGGACCUCCUGGAACUGGGAAGACAACAACCAUCAUUGAGAUAAUAUUGCAGGAGGUCAAGCGUGGAGCGAAAAUUCUUGCUUGUGCUGCUUCCAACAUUGCUGUCGAUAACAUUGUUGAGCGACUCUCACAGUACAGAACAAAAUUGGUGAGGUUAGGGCAUCCUGCCCGUUUACUACCGCAAGUGUUGGACAGUGCUCUUGAUGCACAGGUACUGCGAGCAGAUAAUAGCAGCUUGGCCGGAGACAUUCGCAAGGAAAUGAAGGUGCUUAAUAGCAAAUUGCUGAAAGCUAAAGAUAGAAACACGAAAAGGGACAUCAGGAAAGAGCUUAAAACCCUUGCCAAAGAGGAGCGAAAACGGCAGCAGCUUGCAGUCGCUGAUGUCAUAAAAAAUGCAGAUGUUGUGCUGUCAACUUUGACAGGUGCAUCUUCCAAAAAGAUAGCUGGCAUUACAUUUGAUCUGGUAAUUAUUGAUGAGGCUGCUCAGGCACUCGAGGUGGCCUGUUGGAUAGCCUUACUGAAGGGUCAAAGGUGCGUGCUUGCUGGAGACCAUCUUCAACUUCCUCCAACGAUCCAAAGUGUUGAGGCUGAGAAGAAGGGUAUGGGAAAGACACUCUUUGAACGCCUUACUGAAGGUUAUGGAGAAGAAAUCACAUGCAUGCUCACUAUCCAGUACAGGAUGCACGAGCUAAUUAUGAACUGGUCAUCAAAAGAACUUUACAAUAAUAAGAUCAAAGCACAUUCUAGUGUUGCUGGGCAUAUGCUCUAUGAUCUUGAAGGAGUGAAUAAAUCUUCUUCAACAGAACCAACUAUUAUACUUGUUGACACUACAGGGUGUGAUAUGGAAGAAGUGAAAGAUGAAGAGGAGAGCACCAUGAAUGAGGGCGAGGCUGCAGUAUCCAUUGCCCAUGCCAAGUUACUUGUUGAGAGUGGUGUCCGUGCAAUUGAUAUUGGCAUUAUUACUCCAUAUUCUGCACAGGUAACCUGCCUGAAAAUGCUGAGAAAUAAAGAUGCUAAAUUGAAGGACUUGGAAAUAUCAACGGUUGAUGGAUUUCAGGGUAGGGAGAAAGAGGCCAUAAUCAUUACAAUGGUCAGAUCCAACCCAAAGAAAGAGGUCGGGUUCUUGAGCGACCAUAGGCGGAUGAACGUCGCCGUGACACGAGCCAGGCGGCAGUGCUGCAUAGUGUGCGAUGCCGAGACCGUAAGCAGCGACAGAUUCCUGAAACGCUUGGUGGAGUACUUUGAGGAGAACGGCGAGUACCUGAGUGCGUCUGAGUACCAGAGCAGCUGA